AGUUAGUUGCUAACUUCAUUAUUAUUUAUUUUAUUUAUUUUUCAUAAUUUUUCAUCAUUUCCAAUUUACAUUUUAAAUAUAAAAAAGAUUAGAUAAGAAAUAGGGAUAAACCUUAAUAGAGUAGAUAAAAAUAAUAUCCAUUAUCCAUACUUACCUUUUUUCAAUUUUGCAGAAAAUUUGUUAUAAUGGCUGAAGGAAGUCCUAAAAGGCGACCACCCACUUGGCUUCAGGAAAUACUCUCUGCCGAUGAAGAACUAACAAGAAAAUUUGUAGUGUGGGGAAAUAGCUUGGCCCCUUUACAUUCACUUAGAAAACACUAUAAGGCUUUAGAGGUAACUUGUCAUGGAAUACCAUGGCUAGCUUUCUGGAUUGCCUUUACAUGGUUAUUCAAUAAUACUCACUUGAUCGGCCUUCAAGUCAACAUGAUCAUGGCAUUAAUUCUGGACAUAGUUCUAGUAGCAAUAGCGAAAGCGUUCUUCAGAAGAAGGCGGCCUUUAGAAAAUAAGAAAGACGCCUUUGCCGAAUUUGGUCCAGACCAUUUCAGUUUUCCUUCAGGUCAUUGCAGCCGAGCAGCCAUGGUCGCCUUUAUUUUCAUAUUUCUCUGGCCAAUCCCAAUAUUUUUUCAUCUACCACUUCUUGCUUGGACUACUGCUCUUUGUAUAAGCAGAGUUCUUAUGCAACGUCAUCACCUAUUAGAUGUUAUCGGAGGUGUUGUUUUGGGAGUUAUUGAAGGACUUUUGAUGGCUCUCUUAUGGAUUGGAGAUUCUAAUGCUAUGUGGAUAAUGAGUUUCAUUUCUGAUGAAAAGAUUGCUGGGGCAGAGUAUGAUGUUUAGGACUAGGAUGUGUCCAGUAAGUGAACAAAUGUGAUUUUUACAUAUUGUAUUCAGUUGUUAGUCAUUUUUACAAAUGUGAUUUGAGUAUAAGAUUGUUGCUUUAGCUAAAUUAUUUUGUAAAUAUAAGAAAUACCAAAAGCAGAA